CAGGCACUUCCUGUCCGGGGUGUGUGAGGAGGAGAGCGGCUUCCAAACACAGGAGCUCCGGGUACACUGGGCACAGCUGCAAGAUGUCCAAGUCAUUGAAGAAGAUAGUGGAGGAGAGCAAGGAGAAGAAUGUCACCGAAAUUGACAUGUGUGACAGAGGAAUCAUAAAUAUGCUGGACAUUCCUGGCCUGUUCACCUUGUCUCACAUCACCCAACUCAUCCUGAGUCACAACAAGCUGACCAGUGUACCAGCCAACAUUGCUGAUUUGAAAAACUUGGAGGUGCUUAACUUUUUCAACAACCAGAUUGAGGAGCUUCCAACGCAGAUCAGCAGUCUUCAGAAGCUGAAACAUCUUAAUCUCGGCAUGAACCGAUUAAAUUCCUUACCAAGGGGAUUUGGCUCCUUGCCGUCACUGGAAGUCCUUGAUCUGACUUAUAACAACUUGAGUGAGAACUCCUUACCUGGGAACUUCUGUUAUCUAACCACCCUGCGUGCUCUCUAUCUAAGUGACAACGAUUUUGAAAACCUGCCGGCCGAUAUUGGGAAGCUCACAAAGUUGCAGAUAAUUAGUCUGCGGGAUAAUGACCUGAUAUCGCUGCCUAAAGAGGUGGGGGAGCUGAGUCAGCUGAAGGAGCUGCACAUACAAGGAAACAGGCUGACUGUGCUGCCUCCAGAACUUGGAAAUUUGGAUCUGACAGGUCAAAAGCAAGUCUUCAAGGCUGAGAACAACCCUUGGGUCACACCGAUUGCUGACCAGUUCCAGUUGGGAGUUUCUCACGUGUUUGAAUACAUACGGUCUGAAACCUACAAAUACCUCUAUGGAAGACACAUGCAGGCAAACCCUGAGCCCCCAAAGAAGAACAACGACAAAACCAAGAAGAUCAGCCGCAAGCCCUUGGCAGCCAAGAAUAAAUAGAUUUCUGAUAGGUGCCAUGUUUUCACAGCCUGCCUGCAUGUGCCUAAUUAUUACUAUUUAUUUCCUUGGACGGGAAGAGACUGCCAUUACUCUAGGCCAUGAGAAGUGACCUUGUUUGCCUUACUUAUAUUGUGCUUUUCAAGAAGAAUUAUUAGCUAUGCAUCCAUAACUGUUACACUUUUAUAUUUAUAUACAUAUUAACAGGCAUUAACAGAGGCACUUGCCAUUAUACAUUUCACAGACAUUAUUUUGUGUAUUCUUUUGAUUGUAUUAUGUACUCUGCUUUAAUAAGGAAUAAGGAAU